AAAAAAAAAUUCACAGAGAGCUCAAAAUCAAAUUCUUUUCCCUUUGUCCCUUCUCAAAUCUCAUUCUAUCCUCCAAAAAUAAUUUACAAAAAAUGUUUUCAAAAAAAAUUAGAAACCCCUCCAUAGCCUCUGUUUGAGUUUAACAGAAAAAAAAAAAACCCAAGGCUUUUAGCUUCAAAAUCAACUCCAAAAACCUUCUCUCAGUAUCAAAAACUCAAUCUUUUCCUGGUUUUGAACUUAAAAGCUCUUCUCUUUCUGCUUAGUCUUUUCUUUUUCUUCAAAAAUUUAAUCUUGUUUUUAGUUGUUGGAGCUUAAAAUCCAAAUGGGUUUCUGAUAAAACCUCAAAAAAAGUUAAUUUUCUUUUAUAAAGGUUUAAGCUUUAACUAUGGAGUCAAGAGAAGCUGUAAGUACUACUACUACUACUACUGCCACUGGUGGGGUUACGGUGGUAGGAUCCGAUGCUCCAUCGGACUACCAUAUAGCUCCAAGGUCCGAAAACUCGACCCAGAAUCCGAACCCGACUCCUGGAUCCGCUCCUCCGCAGCAGCCUCAUCCGCAAACGGCGGCGCAACCAGUCCCGCCACCGGUUUCGGUGUCGGGCUUGCCGGUGAAGAAGAAGAGGGGAAGGCCUAGAAAAUAUGGACCUGAUGGUUCAGUCACUAUGGCGCUCUCUCCGAAGCCUAUAUCGACGGCUGCGCCCCCUCCGCUGAUCGACUUCUCAGCCGGGAAGAGAGGGAAAGUGAAGUCACCGACGUCGGUUUCGAAGGCAAAGUAUGAGCUGGAGAAUUUAGGUGAAUGGGUUGCAUGCUCUGUUGGUGCAAACUUUACACCGCAUAUCAUCACUGUUAAUGCUGGUGAGGACGUCACAAUGAAGAUUAUAUCAUUUUCUCAACAAGGGCCUCGAGCUAUAUGCAUUCUCUCUGCAAAUGGUGUGAUCUCAAGUGUCACUCUUCGUCAGCCUGAUUCUUCCGGGGGUACAUUGACAUAUGAGGGUCGUUUUGAGAUACUUUCCUUGUCUGGCUCAUUCAUGCCCAGUGAUAGUGGAGGAACAAGAAGCAGAUCUGGUGGGAUGAGUGUUUCAUUAGCAAGUCCAGAUGGGCGUGUUGUAGGUGGUGGAGUUGCUGGUCUCCUAGUAGCUGCUAGCCCUGUGCAGGUUGUAGUGGGCAGUUUUCUGGCAGGGAACCAGCAUGAGCAGAAGCCUAAGAAACAGAAGCACGAGCCCAUAUCAGCUGCCACACCAAUGGCUGCUAUUCCCGUUUCUAGUGCUGAUCCCAAAUCAAACCUCUCAACCUCAUCCUUCCGCGGUGAUAGCUGGUCUUCAUUGCCAUCAGAUUCAAGGAAUAAGCCCACUGACAUUAAUGUAUCUUUGCCUGCAGGCUAAUCUAAAUUAUCUACCUUACCUUAUUAUCCAGUAUAAGGUUUGAUACUGACAGCACUGGCAAUCGAAGUACAAUUGAUGAAUCUCAUUCUCACCUCUUGUUGUUGUUUUAUGUGUAAGCUUAUUGACCUCUCACCAGUACUGGCACGUUCAUUUUCACCUGGGGUUUCACCCUAUUUAUUUUUACCAGUAGUUUAGUUAGUCAGCUGAUUAUGAUUAGUUAGGCUUCUGCUGCUGUUUGUGUCAUGUAGAAUAUUUUGAAUGUAAUGUUUACUGAGAGAGUUGGCCUUUCUUCCAAGUGAUGGAUUGUGAUUUAGUAGACCACUGUCUUUUGAACAUCUCAGCUUCAUUCCUAAUGGCUUGUUUAUGUAGCUUCAGGCUCAGCUAUGCGGUGUUGUAACUCUCAAUUCUAUUUAUUAUCGGUUCAAAUCUU